AUGGCAGACGUAGCCCCAAGACCUGCCGAAAUACUACCAACUACACCGAUGCCAAUCUCUCGUAACCAGGCGGACCUCCAGAAGCCUCGCAGUAAUCUGAAGCUGGUGACACCGAGAUCGGUCCCUCCAUUACAGAUUGACAGCAAUAUACGGAAUGCUCAUGUUACCCUCGACGUCUUCUCGCCGGUUAACCAUAACGGGAGCUACGAGUUCGAUCGCGUAAUCAAGGCGGGAGCGGUGCUGAAGCGUACACGUAAGACAAAGUCCUGGAAACCUAUACACAUAGUUCUUCGACCAAACCUACUCUCCAUCUACAAGGACAAAGAAGAGACCAAACUACGACACCAGAUCACGCUCUCGGAGCUCACAGCAGUUGCGCGGCAGAAGGAUCCCAAGCGGAAAGCGAAACACGUAUUCGGCCUAUUUUCUCCCUCUCGCAACUUCCACCUCAGCGCCGAAAGCGAACAGCAAGCACAGGAAUGGGUCGAACUCAUUCGCAGCGAAGCACGCAUAGACGAGGAGGAAGAGGAGAUGAUGAUCACAAGCCCGGGCGGAGCACGCACCUCGUACCAGGGCUUCGAAAGGCACAUGAACCGAGAGAACCUGGUAUCUAGCUCCUCGGAGAAUGAGCCACUUCAACGAACGAGCACAAUUGUUCCGGCAGACCUGCACAGCGCACGCCAGCAGCCUCACGGGUUGAUGAGCUACUCGGGAAACGAACAAGGCUCGUUCUCGGACUUCUCGGAUACAGCUGGAACAGGUCAUCCCAGGGAUUCUACAUGGUCGCUGCCCCAUGUCAGCAACACCGAGAGCACGCAGGCCGACAAAGAAUACCCCGCAACAAGACCUUCAAUGGCACGCAAUGCGAGUCAGAUAAGUGGGUUAGGGGCCAUGCCGGAUGAGGGGCGCGUUGUGUGCCAGGGCUGGCUGCACAUUCUCAAGUCCAAAGGCGGCGUGCGGCAGUGGAAACAUCUGUGGGCGGUGCUGCGACCAAGAACUCUUGCUAUGUACAAAAACGAAGAGGAAUAUUCCGCCAACCUCAUCAUACCUUUCCCGAACAUCAUCAACGCCGUCGACAUUGACCCAGUCUCGAGAACCAAACGGCACUGCAUGCAGAUACUGACCGAGGAGCGCAACUACCGUUUCUCUGCACCUGACGAAGACUCUUUGGCGAGAUGGCUCGGCGCUCUGAAGAGCCUGCUUGCGAAGAGAAAGGAAGCUGCGCUGCAGAGAGCUGCUGCAGUGAGUGCGAGCUCAGGCGCCCUUUCCUCGUUACCAGUCAGGUGA